AGAUUUAUAUACUACGCUUUGAAUUCUGAUCUUUACGUUCGACGUUUGAUGUUCUCAUCGAAGAAUUUGGCAACGAGUACACACAAUAAGGAAGAUUCAGUCCUGUAAAUCAUCAUCACCCAUAUGUCAUGUCAUUAAAAGCAUUUCGCUUAGAAUUUAAUCGAUCGACCGCUACGUAUAUAGCCGGUGAAAUUGUCAGUGGAAAUAUUAUCGUGGAUAUAGCAAAAGAGAAGCAGAUUAGAGGACUUUUUGUUAGUGCGACGGGAAAAGCAUACGUGCAUUGGAGUGAAACUGACAAAAAUAAGACAAGGAGUUAUACCAAUUCAGAGAAAUACUUCCAGCUGAAAUGCAACAUAAUUAGUACACAAAGAUCUGAUUUACAGGUGAAACUCCCCAGAGGAUAUAACCAGUAUCCUUUUAGCUUCCAAAUACCUUAUAAUAUACCAUGUAGCUUUGAGCAUCGUAAUGGAUAUGUAAGGUACACGGUAAAUGCCGUGAUCGAUAGACCAUGGAAGUUCAAUCACGAAUGUAAAGCAGCGUUCACCGUAGUUUCGAUUCUAGAUUUGAAUGUUCAUCGUGAAAAAUGUUUAGGAGUCAAUGAUGAAACGAGAAAAACUUUCUGUUGCUUCACGAACGGCGAGAUUAAUUUGCAAAUUUCAAUACCUUCCUCUGGAUACGUACCAGGACAAAUGGUAAAUACAAUAGUGGACUAUGUGAACUCUACGAAUAUAUCGAUUACGAGAGUCUGCACGAAAUUAUUACAAAAACUCCAGUUCCAUUCCAGCUUGAAAACAUUGAUUGAAAACUUUAUAAUUACCAAAACGAGCCAGACAGGACCAUUUCCUACAAAUGGACAAAUAAUGUCAGGACUUUUGAUAUCACCCAUACCACCUUCUUAUCUUAAAUAUUGUAGUAUAAUAGAUGUGGACUACGAGUUGAUCGUCUGUAUUCAUAUUUCGGGAAUGCAUCGUAAAAUCAUGAAGAAUUACCCUGUUCUAAUUGGAACGACACCAUUAUGUUUGCCUCCUUCUGCACCACCUCUGCACAACGUUGUAUCCAAUCCUUCGAGCUCAUAUACGAAUGAAUUCGCGAUAACGCCAGUUCCAACGUCGACAUCAGAAAAAUCAAAUGCAUCAUCUUCCGGCAGGAGACCAACGUCGAUCGGUUGUUCCAGAACAACCCAGCACUUUUUCUAUUUAGCGCCACCGUCAUAUGAAGAAUGUGUGUCUGGAACUCAAGAUAUCCGAGAUCAAAAUGAAUCUGAGUAUGUGUUUGGUGCAAAUACUCCUUUUACGCCUAGGUAUCCUGUAUUCAACAAUUUAGAACCAAGUAUACGUAAAUGAAUAGAAAAGUGGAUUAAUCACUUAUAGAUACUUCGUAUCGAGUCGUCCAUUUGUAAU